GUGUUGCAGAAACCUGCAUGAUGGGAGAGCGUGUCCACAUCUCAGCCAUGAUGCAGCCCGCCCCCCACAUGUCCACCGGAGGGCCAUAGUUACGGUCACCUAUAAAAGACUUCGGUUCAGAAGAAUGGCCAGUGAAAGCAGCUCCGCGGUCAUUGAGCUGAACGACGCGGACGCCACGGACACGGAGGCCCCGAGCGUCACCGACGACACCCAGGAGCCUCCGCCCCUCAUCAUGGAGCACGGAUAUGAUAUAGCUGUUAAGGUGGACGCGCCCAUCAAACAGCUGUCCACGUUAGAGACGUUCGUCACGUACCGCGUGCGCUGCACCUGCGCCAGGUGGGAGUCGCCGCCCUUCGUCAGGAGACGGUACAACCACUUCAAGUUGCUUCACAAGCGCCUGUCAUCGUCUCACCCCCUGACGGCCGUCCCUCCCCUGCCCCCCCUCCACUCGGCCAGGCAGCAGCUCGACCGCUACUCGCCGCCCUUCGUCGCCGUCAGGUGUCUCGCUCUCAACGCCUUCCUCGACCGAGUCGCUAAACAUCCGAUACUGACACUCAGCGAGGACCUCAAGAUGUUCCUCACGACACCAGACGAAGAACUAGAUAAGGUGUUGAAGAGCGACACAAGCGCUCUGAACCUUUGGGGACUGAGCUCGGCGCUGUACGGCGGCGGGGGAGGGGGAGGAAACAAACAGACCAACGGAGCCCGUGUCAAAGACCCCGAGUUCAGUUCGGCGGCGGAGUACCUCGCCUCGUUACAGGUGAAGCUGAGUUCUCUGUGCUCCCUCACCGCCCGACUCUACAAGGGGACGGUGACGCUCAGCAACGAACUGGCCGGUAUGCGUCGCGUGUGUGACGCCUGGUCGUCGGGGGGCGGGGGCGCUGCGGCGGCGGCCGCGGCGGUGAGUGCGGGGAGCGCCGCAGCCUCGGCCGCGCGUGCUCGGGCUCCGCUCAGGUACCGCGCCACGCUGCCCCUGCUAGCGGCGUACGCGGGCGCUCAGGCCGACAAGAUCCGAGCCCGGGACGCCUUGCACGCGGCGCACGUGGCGGGCGCCGGACCCGAGGUCCACAACCGGCUAGAACAGGCCUCGGAGGCUUUGAGGGCGGACCUCGCGGACUGGCUGCCCAAGACGCGGGCGGAGAUCAAGAGCGCGCUCCUAGAGCUGGCGGACAGACAGCUGGGGGCCGCCGCCGCCUCGCUGCGGGGCUGGGAGAGGGCGCUCAGCAUGGCCGAGGACGAUGGAGUCGUGUUCCAGACGGUCUCGCGCGCCGCCCUCAGCAGCAGGCACCGCGGCGACGACGACUCCAGCUCCGCCUCCAGACUCGAGGACGUCGACCUCUCCUCCUGAUGACGUCACGUGGCGUCCACACAACCCUUAUUUAUUCGUGUCGCCGGUCCACAGACGCCGCAGCCAAUAACCCCGUAACAGACUCAUAUCACUCGAUCAUAAUAUUUAAUAAUAAUAAUAAUGUAAGUUUGUCUGUAUAUAUAGAAUAUAGAGGUUUCGAGUA